CAGAGGGGGACAUGAGACGGUUCACACAGACUGUUCCUUUUACAGGAAGACUUGGGAUUGCGACCAGCGAGCGGGAGGAGGCGGGGGGGCCUGGGAACCUGGGAGCGCCGGCGCGGCCGCGUAAUCCGUCACUCCUGGGAGAUGUCUCAUUAACCCAUUAACCAGGGAGGCUGGGGACGUGCUGGGAGCAGAGCGAGGCGGCAGCCGGGGGUGUGAAAGGCAGAGCGGGGCCAGGGGAGGAGCUGGGGAGCAGACGGGGCGAGCUCCGCGCACAGCUCGCCGCGGGACCGCGCCGCGCUCCGACACGCGUGGGGCUCCGGACACGAGUGGGGCUCCGCCGAGCCCUCAGCCCCGCGCCCUCCUCCUUGGCGGAGCCGCUCCCGGUCGGGAUGAAGCGUCUGUGCGAGGAGAGCUCGUCGGACACCGAGUCGGACGGCACCAUCGACGUGGGCAAAGAGGAGGAGUACAGCCACGUUCCCAGGUCUGUGUCUCCCACCACGACAUCGCAGAUACAAGCCAGGAAGAAGCGCAGAGGGAUCAUUGAGAAGCGGCGCCGCGACCGCAUCAACAGCAGCCUGUCAGAGCUGCGGCGCCUGGUGCCCACUGCCUUCGAGAAGCAGGGCUCAUCCAAGCUGGAGAAGGCAGAAAUUCUACAGAUGACAGUGGAUCACUUAAAAAUGCUCCAUGCCACUGGAGGAGCAGGGUUCCUGGAUGCUCGUGCUCUGGCCGUGGACUACAGGAGCAUCGGCUUUCGCGAGUGCCUCACCGAGGUGGUGCGGUACCUGGGCGUCCUGGAGGGGCAGAGCACCGCCGACCCCAUCCGCCUGCGGCUCCUCUCCCACCUCAACAACUACGUGGCCGAAAUGGAGCCCUCCCCGGCGGCCGCCUCGCUGCUCCCCGUGCAGACGUGGCCGUGGUCCUUCCUGCACAGCCCGGUGCCGGUGCCGCGCCGGGAAGCCGCUCCCGCUCCUCUCCUUGUGACUGCGUCCUACCCGCGCCUCGCCGCCAGGCCGGCCCCGGUGCGCCGCGUCCCCGCCGACGUGCUGCCGUCACACCGGAGCUCUCUGCCCGGCAGGAUGGCUUCCUCAGCCCGCAGGGCCCGCGGUGCCCCCUCGGCUUCGACCGCGACGGCCGCACCCCGGAUGCCGUCUCCGUCGGGGGCGCCGAGGGGGGGCUCAGCCAAGGGCAGCCCCAUCUCCGCUCUGCUCUUCUCUCCCGCCGGUGUCCCUCUGCCCGCAGCCUACGCUGCGCCCGCGGUGCUGGGUGCGGCCGCGCAGGGACCCGCGCUCAGGGUGGGGGCGGCCCGGCUGUGCCGCUCCUGGGCCACGGAGAUCGGCGCCUUCUGAGCCCUCAGUGCCCGCUGCCCGUGGACCGGCCGACCGGGCGCCUCUCCUGUUAGCGGAAGCCAAGGAUCCAUCCAGAAGAUUCUCUUUGCUGUCCCCUCCCCUCGCUCUUUACGCUGCCUUCCUCACCUCACCUCACCUCACCAUCGCUCAUCCUCUCCUUCGUCGUGCCCACGAAUGUCAGCGCCAUCCGCUUCCACGCGUUCUCUGGGAUGGGGGGCACUGCAGACCCCGGCCCUCCAACAGAGCCCGAUACUGUUCUCUGCUGCCUUAUCUCCUUGGGGACUCGGAGCUCCUGGACGGACUCACUCAGGCCGUGUCCCCCAGCUGCAGCACCCAGUUCUGUGCUCUUGGGAUUGGUUCUGCUGCCCUGACUGAACGCUGCUCUCCUCGCUGCGCCCCAAAUCAUCCUGCUCACAGCGGAGCACUGCUGGGCUCUGGCAGCCCUCAGCCCACAGCCGGGUGUGAAGAGGUGAGACACGGGAUUUCAAAGGGACUCCGCGGGGAGGGGACGACUCCAACACCGAUGUGAGAAGGGCAGCCCUUCCCUCUGCCUGUCGCCCUGCAGGAGCCGUCUCACCUCUUUCCCCACUGAGUGUGCAGUGCAGAGCAGUCAGACCAGCAUUCCAAGUGCCUCCCAGUUUUCUCUUGGCCCUUCUCCUCCCACAGUGUCUCUGUUUUCCCUCUCCAGCACCGUGUCGCGGUCUCAUGUUGCUCACUCCUGUGCCAGGACCAAACACCAUGGGUGCUGCAUUGCAGCCCUUGGCCAGCACUGGGUCUGCACUUGCCCCAUUCCCAAGAGCUUUUCCUUCCCUGCCGUGCACCCCUGGAUAACCAGUGCUGCAGAAUCACCCUUGCUCCUGUCCUCCCACCUCUUCUCCUCUGGGCAGGGAGGAACACAAACUCGAAGCUCUCAAGCUCUGGGGCCGCAUCACUCAGGGCUGUGUGGCCCAGCGCUCACCCUUCCCGUGGGACUGUGCCUGGAUCUGUGGCUUUGUUUGCUGGGAUGGAUCUGGCCCUGGCUGCAUGCCCACCCCAAGGAUCUGCCCAGAUCAGCAGCUGUGGCACAAAAAGAAAAGUGUGUAGAGGUCAGCGCGGCAGUGGAAAAGACGGAGAAGUUCCCUCCUGGCAGAGACUCUCCCCCACCCCAGGUGGAAGGCGCAGCGUGCCGGGCUGCGUUCCUGCAGAGCACGUGAUGUGUGCAGCACUGCUGCUCGGAGAGUGAGUCCUCCUGGUUGUUCUGGUGAACGCCACUGCACUUAACAUACAGAACCACCUCUGCUGCUCCUCCUCACCCCUGUUCCCCAGUGCCAGAAGCAGCCAGGAACACUUUUCCUCACAGAAAAGACAGAGGAGACCAUGGCCCUGGCUGUCCUAGGGCUGCUCAGUGCGCCAGAGCUGCAGCAAGCAGCCUGGCCUCGCUCUGUUGGAGUCACAGCUGUGACAUCCAGCAAAAGUGGCAAAUAAAGUCUUUCCAACCCC